GUUCGUCAGAAUACGAUCUAGCUACCCUCUAAGAAAGUACUUACUAAGAAUUUCAUAUUUGGCUAUACCAGUCAGAGAGGCAGUUGUUCUUCAGACGUGCGCCGUCCGACUUCCCUCGUCGCUGUAAACUUGUUGUGGUAGUUUAUGUACCGAAGAGAAGGACACAAAGCGUUUGUUGGAAGAAGAAGAGAAAGAAGAAGCUUCAAGACAGGUGGGCGAUUUGUCUUCAGUCUUUGUCGACCACUGUCCUAUAAAGUAGAGCACCUGUCGACUCAGCCAGGUGGACAGGUGAUCCUUGCCACCUGCAAAAGUUACUGACUCGGUAAAAAAAACUAAGCUCUGACUUACUGGCGAGAGACAGGCGGGAGACCCGAUCCUUCUGAGUUGUAAAAACACGGCGCUGGACCAGAGAGAAAACACAGACACGAAGUCAGGAGAAGAGAAGUGUUAUCUUUCCCGGUCAGUGAGAGAUGGAGAGCAACCCGAUCCCUCCCGCCUACUCCUCGGCACCGCCGUACCUGUUCUACCCGCCGCCGGGGCACCCCAGCUCCCGCGUGCAGCAGAGGACGCCGAAGUGCGCCCGCUGUCGCAACCACGGCGUCCUGUCGUGGCUGAAGGGGCACAAGAGAUACUGUCGCUUUAAGGACUGUAUGUGUGAGAAAUGUAUCCUCAUAGCGGAGAGACAGAGAGUCAUGGCGGCGCAGGUCGCGCUGAGACGGCAGCAGGCUCAGGAGCAGAGCAUCCUGCAGCAGUUCGGCUUCGCCCCGCCGGUUUUCCCGACCGGACCGAACAAGCCGAACCACCCGCCGCUACCCACGACUUCUACCGGGGCGGAGGAGAGACCCUCGCCGCCAGCCGGCGGUCCCGGGCCGGAGGGCGGCGGGAAUGAUGCCGAGAAGGGCGACGGCGAACGGCCGGUCACGCGACACGAGAACGACGCAGGCGCGAGGGACGGAGAACCCCGUGUGUUGUCUCCGCCUCUGAAGACCCCGUCCCCAUCUCUCCAUGGCAACGGCACCAGCCCCACCCAGCAACAAGAUGGCGACCAUCCGGGACCUUGCGGUGCAGACGACAGUCCAAGCGGCGAGGACGGCGGCGCCUCCGACGGCAAGGCGGACACGGAGUGCCCGGACACCGGCGUGCACAUCGAGAGCGACCCGCCGAAGGACGCUUCCCUCUCCCCGAAAAUAGCCGAAAAGCCGCCUGAUGGGCCCCGCCGAUUUCCGCCGACAGAUUUCCCCCGAUUCUUCUCUCCUGAACAUUUCCUAAGUCCCGCCGACCGCGCGCUCGCUAACAGCAACCUGCCCCCGAUCUACACCCUGUCCAAACUAUUCCCCUCUCAUAAGACCGAUGUUUUACACUUGGUUUUAAAAGGCUGUAACGGCGACCUUGUCAGCGCGAUAGAGGUCCUUCUCUCUAGCAAAGGGAACCCGUUAAAUGAGGACAUGUUGAAAAACCCUCUCGUUAUUCCGUCCUCUGUCUCCCAGUGUCCGUCUAUCUUUAGAUCGGCCCAGCCCAGCGACACAGACUCGAACGGGUCGGCUUUCCGAGUCCCCCGACCAACCCACGACCACUGCGGCCUGUUCAUGCCGGCUCACCCCUCCAAACUCCCCCACCAUCACGCCCCCAAACCCCCCAUCCCCAACCUCCCCCCUUUCCUCCUCAACCCCUUCAUGGCGGCGAAUCGACUGAGCACUACCGGCACGCCGUCGCUAGGGGGCGGUAUUGACAUCAACCUGUUGGACACCCUGGCCGCCCACAACAGCCGCCCUCUGUCGUGUCAGCGGGCCGCUCUGGACAUCCAGAACAACAGCGUGUUCAGCCCCGCCCGCCUGAACGUCGGCAUCCCCCUCCCCCCGGCCAAGUUAUCAUCGCGAGUGGCCGACUCCAGCCAGCCGCUACCUAUCCCCAGGAAAGACGACUUCUCGUCGACUCUCGGCCACCUUCGGCAGACGUCGGAGCCGCCGAACCCGUCCAUCUCGCUGUCCGACGACUUUCCGGAGAAACAUCGUCAUCACCAAGACCCGAUGACGACCAGAUCCGACAGCCUGCAGGACUCCCGACGAGAGGUAGGGGCGCUGCUGCUCCAGCCCGCACGGGUAGGACUAGACGACACCAGAUAA